CGCCGGAUGAAGCGACUAUGAGUGAGCAGAGUUGGUAGGGCAUCGCAUUCGAUCUUCUGCCGCUCUCGUGUUUUCAACACACAAAACACGCAUUUGAAUAAGAAACUAGCCGCUUUCUUCUCUGUCUCCGAUCAUGUGAAGAAUCCUCAAAACCCAUUGAAAAUCGACUUCAAAUCAACUCAAAAUGGCAUCGUUUGGAUUAACUUUGUACUCUUUCGUCUACAUUGGUUUGCUGUUUUGUGGGUUUUGUUUAGCUGGUGACCCGUUUGCAAAUUUCGAACUCGACUUCUCUUAUAUUACAGCUUCUCCACUUGGUGUUCCUCAACAGGUGAUUGCAGUGAAUGGAAAGUUUCCAGGUCCAACCCUAAAUGUUACAACAAAUUACAAUGUAGUUGUCAAUGUCAAUAACAGAUUGGACGAAAGCCUCCUUGUUACAUGGCCUGGAAUAGAAAUGAGGAGAACUUCUUGGCAAGAUGGAGUUCUUGGCACCAAUUGUCCAAUUCCUGCAAAAUGGAACUGGACUUAUCAGUUUCAAGUCAAAGAUCAAAUCGGAAGCUAUUAUUAUGCUCCAUCUAUUAAUUUUCAAAGAGCUUCAGGUGGAUUUGGUGGAUUUAUCAUCACAAACCGAAAAGUUAUUUCAUUGCCAUUCAAUACCCCUGAUGGAGAUAUUGUCAUUACUAUUGGUGAUUGGUAUACACGAAACCAUAAGGAAUUAAGAGCUUCACUUGAUGCUGGAAAGGAACUCGGUAUGCCAGAUGGAGUUCUCAUUAAUGGCAAAGGACCUUUUCAAUAUAACUCCUCUGUUCCAGAUGGAAUUGAACACGAGACACUUAAUGUCGAUCCAGGGAAAACUUACCGAAUUCGUGUGGUAAAUGUUGGAAUUUCAACUUGUUUAAAUUUCAGAAUCCAAAGUCACAAUUUAAUUUUAGCAGAAACAGAAGGACAUUACACAUCCCAACAAAACUAUUCAAGUUUAGACAUCCACGUAGGCCAAUCCUAUUCCUUUCUCGUUACAAUGGACCAGAAUGGAACCAGUGAUUACUACGUUGUCGCAAGUGCAAGAUUUGUAAACCAAUCGGAAUGGAAUCAGGUCACAGGCGUCGCUAUUUUGCACUACUCAAAUUCCAAAUCCCGGGCAGCUGGUACCCUGCCCGACCCGCCCAACGAUUCAAACGAUAAUUCCUUUGCAGUAAAUCAAGCCAUGUCCAUCAGGAUGAACGUCACCGCAAGUGGGGCCCGCCCAAACCCGCAAGGGUCGUUUCGAUACGGGUCGAUAAAUGUGACGGAUGUGUAUGUGUUGAAAAGCGUGCCACCUGUCAUGAUUAAUGGGAAGAAAAGGGCGACAUUUAAUGGGAUUUCGUUUGUGAAUCCUGAAACGCCUGUGAGGCUUGCAGAUAAUUAUAAAGUCAAGGGGUCUUAUAAACUUGAUUUUCCGAAUAUGCCCUUGGAUAGACCUCCUACGAUGGAUAGAUCGCUUAUUAAUGCUACGUAUAAAGCUUUUGUGGAAAUCGUAUUGGAAAAUAAUGAUACUGUUGUUCAAAGCUUUCAUAUGGAUGGGUAUUCGUUUUUUGUUGUCGGGAUGGCAUAUGGGGAAUGGACAGAAAACAGUAGGGGUUCUUAUAACAGAUGGGAUGCAAUAGCACGCUCUACAACUCAGGUUUUUCCGGGAGGGUGGACGGCGAUUCUUGUGUAUCUUGAUAAUGUUGGAGCGUGGAAUCUUAGGGCAGUCAAUCUUGACCGGUGGUAUUUGGGUCAAGAAACUUAUAUGCGAAUUAUAAACCCUGAAGAUGAUGGUCAAAAGACUGAAAUGCCCCCACCUGGAAAUGUCUUGUUUUGUGGUGCUCUUGCUCAUUUUCAAAAACCACAAAGAAUAUCGACUUCAGAUGCUUUGAGGAUAGAAGGAUUGCUGAAACUGAAAUCUAAGAUUCUAGUGGUGUUUGUUGUUGUUAUUUAUAUGAUGAUUUGAGGGUUGUUUCUAAGAGGUGGGAUUUAGUUUAAUUGUUCAAAAGAGAUUGCUUUUGGGGUGAAUUAGGGAU